AUGAAAACUACGAAAAUUAUUAGAAACGUUUUAUUUCAGAAAUAUCUUUUUCCAUCUUUUUCAAAGAAAAUUCGAUUUUAUGGUACAAAAAAUACAGUUAUGGGGACAUAUUCUGGAAAACCAGAUUGCUCUGGUAUAUAUACUGUAACCUUAAUACCAGGCGAUGGGAUUGGACCCGAAAUCGCGUCUAGUGUUAAAGAUAUUUUUAAGGCAGCAAAGGUUCCUAUACAGUGGGAAGAAGUAGAUGUAACACCAAUUUUGGUUGAUGGUAAAACAAUGAUUCCUGAACGGGCAAUUAAAUCAAUCAAUAAGAAUACAGUGGCAUUGAAAGGUCCCCUUGCUACUCCAAUAGGAAAAGGCCAUGUAUCUCUCAAUCUCACACUUCGGCGUACUUUCUCACUUUUUGCGAAUGUAAGGCCUUGUCGUUCCAUUUCAGGAUGCAAAACUGCAUAUGAUGAUGUUGAUAUUGUGUUAAUUCGAGAAAAUACAGAAGGUGAAUAUUCGGGUAUUGAACACAUGGUGGUCGAUGGUGUUUUCCAGUCAAUUAAGCUUAUAACUAGAAGUGCAUGUGAGAAGGUCUUACGAUUUGCCUUUGAAUAUGCACGGAAUAUUGGAAGAAAAAAAGUAACUGCUGUUCAUAAAGCUUCGAUUAUGAAAAUCUCAGAUGGUCUUUUUGUUAAGACAGCACAUGAUAUUUCAAAAGAAUAUCCUGAUAUUGUUUUUGAGACAGAGCUCCUUGAUAAUUCUUGUUUAAAAAUUGUUUCAAAUCCUAAACCAUAUAAGGACAGAGUUAUGGUUAUGCCUAAUCUUUAUGGAGAUAUUCUAAGCGACAUGUGUUCUGGACUUGUCGGUGGUCUUGGCUUAACGCCAAGUGCAAAUAUUGGUAUCAAUGCAAGCAUUUUCGAAGCUGUCCAUGGAUCCGCUCCUGAUAUUGCUGGGCAGAACAAAGCGAAUCCUACUGCUCUUCUUUUUUCUUCUAUCAUGAUGCUACGUCAUAUGUCACUCUACAAACAUGCUGAAAAAAUAGAAAAGGCUAUAUUUGAUGUUCUUGCAAAUAAAAAGAUUUCUACACAAGAUCUUGGAGGACAGGCCUCCACACAAAAAUAUACUCAAGCUAUUAUUGAGUCCCUUUAA